AUGGAGCAAGUGAAUGCCUUCCUGUCCUUUGUGGUACCCAUGGUGGCCAUUUCUGUGUUGAACGGAGUCAUAGCCAAUCAGCUGCUGCAGAUGUUUCGAGAGGUGGAGCAAGACAACCGUAUUUGCCUCACCAGAGGAAAUCCCACCGUGCUGAACAUCACAGUAGAGUCCAACCGUGCACAGUCACUUCGUCAUGGAGUUCUGGUUCUCCGAGUGGUGGUCAUAGCCUUUGUGGUGUGCUGGCUGCCUUAUCACGCUCGCCGCCUCAUGUUCUGCUACGUCUCCGACUGGUCCGAUGGCUUAUAUGACUUCUACCACUACUUCUACAUGCUGACAAAUGUCCUGUUUUACGUAAGCUCUGCAAUCAACCCAGUCCUCUACAACCUGGUGUCGGCUACAUACCGCCAGAUCUUCUUUUCCACACUGCGCUACUUCUUCAUGCCCUGCCGCCAUUCACCCAGGAGGCAACCACACCCCCUGACCCGCCACUCCAUCAGUAUUUCCAGCAACCACACCCUCUCCACCAAUACCAUCAAAGAAACAACGUAUUAA